AUGGCAUCUUCAUGGUUGUUCUUCAUGGUGUAUGCAACCAUUUUAAUGGUUGUCGAUGCUAGAGUGAAACUGAUGAAUAAGUUUCCAGACUCCGAAAUUAACCACACCAUGUGGCCCCAUUCUAGAAGAAAUUUAAUAAGUAACUCAAUGGCCAAGACUCCUCAGAUGGGCUUCAACACGUGGAAUCGUUUCCAAUGUGAUAUGAACGAGACUCUUAUCAAACAAACAGCUGAUGCACUAGUGUCAACUGGACUUUCAAAACUCGGUUAUAAAUAUGUUAAUAUCGAUGAUUGUUGGGCCGAACAAAAAAGAGACAAAAAGGGAUUCUUAGUUGCUAAAGCUACUAAAUUUCCUUCCGGAAUGAAAGCUUUGUCGGACUAUUUACAUGCUAAAGGGUUGAAGUUGGGAUUAUACUCUAGUGCCGGAACUUUUACUUGUAGCAAACAGAUGCCUGGAUCACUUGGAUAUGAAAAUAACGAUGCUUAUUCAUUCGCUAAAUGGGGAGUUGAUUACUUAAAAUAUGAUAAUUGUUACACUGAUGGUACAUCAGAACAAGAGAGGUACCCUGUAAUGAGUCGAGCUUUGUUAGAUUCAGGAAGAUCAAUUUUUUUCUCGUUAUGUGAAUGGGGAAAUUUAAACGUAUCAACUUGGGGACACCCUAUUGGAAACAGUUGGAGAACCACGGGAGAUAUUAGGGAUGCUUGGGAUAGUGUUACUAGUAUUGCUGAUUCCAAUGAUCAAUGGGCAGCUUAUGCAGGGCCUGGAGGGUUUAAUGAUCCUGAUAUGCUAGAGGUUGGAAAUGGAAACAUGACAACCGAUGAAUACAGAUCUCAUUUUAGCAUUUGGGCUAUGGUAAAGGCUCCUCUUAUUAUCGGAUGUGAUGUUCGAACAAUGGAUAAGACCACUUUCGAAUUGCUUAGCAACCCGGAAGUUAUUGCAGUUAACCAAGAUAAACUUGGUAUACAAGGGAGAAAGAUGGUACAAAACGGAGAUUUAGAGGUUUGGGCCGGACCCAUUAGUCACAAAAGAUACACAGUUGUCCUAUGGAACAGAGGAUCGGAAAAGGCCAAUAUCACUGCAUAUUGGUCCGAUAUUGGAAUUAGGCCCAACACUAUUGUGAAAGCACGUGAUUUAUGGGAGCAUAAGACAACAACAGUCGAGAAUGUGAUAACAGCCGAAGUAAAUCCCCACGACGUGAAGAUGUACGUUUUAACGCCUCAAAAGUCUCAGAAGAAGCACAAUAUGUAA